CGCAGGUUUCCGGUGAGCCGCAGGACCGGUUGUGACGACUCCCUCCUCCCGAGAAGCCGCCGUCUGCUCCCGCUCCCCCCGACUCCCCGGCUCCAGGCCUUGGAAAUCCAGUCAGGGGAUGCAGGAGUGGAGGGAGCCGGCUGCUUUCUGCUGCAGGAAAAAGCAGCUGAGUUGCUAAAGCUUCCAUCUGCUAAAGAAGGGCCUCUGUCCCUCCCGGGGGCACUGCAGGAGGACCGGACACCAGCACGGCCUCGUCAGGCCCCAGGGCUUGCUGCCACCAGCGGCCACCUCUUUCUAGCCUAUGCCAGUGGGUACAUGCCCUCUGCAAAACCAGGUUUCUGAUCUGUCUUUCCAUUUUCCCGUGACUUCAGCGCUAUUCCUCCGUGGAUCCGUGGGUUUACUUAUAGCUGGAGUGCAGUCCAGGACAAGAUACUUGGAUAACCAAAGGGCAGGAGGACUUGGUCACCACAGUGACUUUAUUACUGGGGAGAAUGAUCUAAGGUGUAAUACAGCUCUGUCAUCUGUGGAAAGAAAGAUCACUUUUUAAAAAAAUAAAGGGAACCAAGAAUGAGAAUUAUCUAUGACAUAUUGCCUACGAUAUGGGGGAAAUCUGGUCCAAGAGAUUUAAUCCUUAUGGGGUGUUAGAAGUGCACUGAGGUCUGUAACCGUUAUCUCUUUUCACAAUUCUGCAGCAGGACAGGGAGAGUGUAAGGGUCGUGUGUGAGGCAGACUGCCUGGAUUUCACUCCUGGAGUUUUCCGAGUCAGCUGUCACUACUGUCAUAGACUGUUAUUGUGCCCACCAGAAUGCAGGCUUCACAAGGGCAAGGAGCUCCCUUCCUGACGGCAUGUUCACUGCCGCAUCCUUGGUGAUUAGGGAACUGGCACAUGGUGGGCUUUCCAGACCUAUCCCAGUCAGGCCCCAGGAGCAGAGGAUUCUUCCUGUGGACUCUGCUGUCCCAGAGCUGGGGGCCUCGCCUCCCCCACCCCUUUGCCUGUAGCUCAUGUUUGGAGGUUGCAAUGUUAAUGCUGCUUGUCUUUGGGAUAUUGCUUCACGACAUCUCACUGAGUAGCCACGAGGAGGCUCCCCCAGAGGCCCAUGGCAUUCCAGGUGAACCUCUGUUUAACUACACCAGCAUCCGCUUGCCAGAGGAGCAUAUUCCCUUCUUUCUGCACAAUAAUGGGCAUAUCGCCACGGCCUGUAAGAAAGACUCACACUGUCCUUAUAAGAAACACUUAGAGAACCUGAAGUCCUGCUGGGGCUAUGAGGACUCCUGCAGACCUGAGUUCAGGUUCAGUUACCCUGUUUGCACCUCCGUGGACAUGCGAUGGACGGAUACCUUGGAGUCAGCCCAGGACAUCUUUUGGAAUCAAGCUGACUUUGGCUACGCUGGAGCUCGGCUGCGGGAGCUGCGAGUCCUCUGCCAGCCCGAGCGAACGAGCGACUCGAGUCUGGUAUGUUCCCGCUACCUUCAACAUUGCAGGGCAACCAAUCUCUACCUUGACUUAAGAAACAUCAGGAGAAACCAUGACAGAUUUAAGGAAGAUUUUGUCCAGACUGGUCAAAUCGGAGGGCACUGUAAACUGGACAGCCGUGCAUUGAUGUCUGAAGGUCAGCGCAAAAGCCCUCUGCAGUCUUGGUUUGCUGAACUCCAGAGCUAUACUCAGCUCAGCUUCAGACCUAUAGAAGAUGCUCAGUGUGACAUUGUUAUUGAAAAACCAGCCUACUUCAUGAAAUUGGAUGCAGGUGUCAACAUGUACCACCACUUCUGUGACUUCCUCAACCUCUACAUCACUCAGCACGUGAGCAACUCCUUCAGCACUGACGUGUACAUCGUGAUGUGGGACACGAGCUCCUAUGGAUAUGGCGACCUGUUCUCUGACACCUGGAAAGCAUUUACUGACUAUGACGUGAUACCUUUGAAAACCUAUGAUUCCAAAAGGGUAUGUUUUAAAGAAGCGAUUUUUUCACUACUCCCCCGGAUGAGAUAUGGGCUGUUCUAUAAUACCCCUCUGAUAUCUGGCUGUCAAAAUACCGGAUUAUUCCGGGCGUUUUCCCAGCAUGUUCUGCACAGACUGAACAUCACACAAGACGGACCCAAGGAUGGGAAAAUGAGAGUCACGAUUCUUGCACGGAGCACAGAGUACCGGAAAAUACUAAACCAAAAUGAGCUCCUAAACGCACUGAAAACAGUGUCUACGUUUGAAGUCCAGGUUGUGGAUUACAAGUACAGGGAACUCGGGUUUUUGGAUCAGCUAAAGAUCACUCACAACACGGAUAUAUUUAUUGGAAUGCAUGGCGCUGGUCUCACCCAUUUACUUUUCCUUCCGGACUGGGCUGCUGUAUUUGAACUGUACAACUGUGGAGACGAGCGCUGUUACCUGGACCUGGCGAGGCUCAGAGGCGUGUACUACAUCACUUGGCAGAGACAGAACAAAGUCUUUCCUCAAGACAAGGGCCACCAUCCAACUCUGGGGGAACAUCCAAAGUUCACCAACUAUUCUUUUGAUGUGGAAGAAUUUAUGUACCUUGUCCUGCAGGCUGCAGACCACGUAUCGCAACACCCAAAGUGGCCUCUUAAGAAACAGCAUGAUGAGCUGUGACUGUGCUGAGUCUGUCUGCAGAAAGGGGCUGUUUGAACUCUCCACCACCCCCUCCCAGUGCAGUCAGUAAACAGCGGGUGUUUCUCAGCCCCCAGUGAUCUGUUCUCUGUCAAAACACGUCUUCAGGAUAUUACUUUUGGGUUUUAUACCGUUUCGGGUUUUUGCAUCAUGGCUAUUUAUCAAGCUACUCCUUUUGCACUGAAAACUUUACUUUUUGUAGUUAAAAAACUGGGCGUAGGCUCGCUGAGUGAUUGAGAUUUCUUCUUAGAGAUACCAAAGGACUCAACGUUCUCAGCUUUAGAAUUUGUAAAUGUUUCUGUAGAAUACAAUGGGAUUGUUCAUUCUAGAGGCUUCCAAUUGGUUAUGAUUGAGUAAAUUGACAAUGCUUUUAUUUGUCAUAAUUUAUUCAUAGCACUGUUUGUGGUAGGAAAAGAAAA